UCCCAACGCAGCCAACCAGUUUGUGCGUCCCUGGAGCGCGCUAUAAAACCUGCACGGGUGGCGCUCGCCACUCAGCCAGACCUGGGUGAAGGGGCAGUCCCCAUCUCCAGCCCGUGACAGCCUUAGCAUACAGAGCAUGCAGAACAUGAGCUUCUUCCUGCGAAGGCGAUGCCUCUGCCAAGGCUUCCUGCUCUUCUAUCUCUUAAGUCAAGUUUCUGCAGCCCAGCGCUGUCAGUCCCCGUGCCCGCUCCAGUGCCCCACUACACCUCCGACUUGCGCCCCUGGGGUGCGCUCGGUGCUGGACGGCUGCUCCUGCUGUCUGGUGUGCGCCCGCCAGCGCGGGGAGAGCUGCUCCGAGCUGAAGCCCUGCGACCAGAGCAGCGGCCUCUACUGUGACCGCAGUGCAGACCCCAGCAACCAGACUGGCAUAUGCAUGGGUAAUCCUGUCCCUCUUGCUGUCCCUUCCUUGGCCUCACCUCUCCUCGGGCAGCUAGUUCUCGAGGGAGACAACUGCGUGUUCGAUGGGGUCAUUUACCGCAGCGGAGAGAAGUUUGAACCAAACUGUCAGUACCACUGCACCUGCAGAGAUGGGCAGAUUGGCUGUGUGCCCCGCUGCCAGCUGGAUGUGCUGCUGCCAGGUCCUGACUGCCCAACUCCAAGAAAAGUUGCUGUGCCUGGAGAGUGCUGCGAAAAGUGGACCUGUGGCCCAAAUGAGCAGGGGACAUUGGGAGGCCUGGCCCUUCCAGCCUACAGGCCAGAAGCCACUGUAGGGGUCGAAGUCUCUGACGCCAGCAUCAACUGUAUUGAGCAGACCACGGAGUGGAGUGCGUGCUCCAAAAGCUGCGGAAUGGGCUUGUCCUCCAGGGUCACCAACAGGAACCGCCAGUGUGAGAUGCUGAAGCAAACUCGUCUCUGCAUGGUUCGGCCUUGUGAACAAGAGUCCAAGCAACCAACAGACAAGAAAGGUAAAAAGUGUCUCCGCACAAAGAAGUCCCUGAAAGCCAUCCACCUACAGUUCAAGAACUGCACUAGCCUGCACACCUACAAGCCCAGAUUCUGUGGGGUCUGCAGCGAUGGCCGGUGCUGUACCCCACACAACACCAAAACCAUCCAGGUGGAAUUUCAGUGUUCCCCAGGGCAAACCAUCAAGAAACCAGUGAUGGUCAUUGGAACCUGUACCUGUCACUCUAACUGCCCCCAGAACAAUGAAGCCUUUCUUCAGGAGCUGGAGCUGAAGACGAGCAGAGGAGAAAUGUAACAGGUGUCCAGAAAAGCACAUGGAUGGAGGCAAACCCUUACUGUCACUUGGCUGGCCAUCACCUGACUAUAAGAAAAUAAUGAAACAGUGUCCAUGUAUGUUUCUGUGAUCAUAUGACAUCAUUUAUAUUUGUUUUCUAUUUUUUAAGGAAAGGUGUUCCAAAUGUAAACUUGGAAUCAAGGUAAGCUCAGGAUAUAGCUUAGGGAGGACUUGCUUUCCUGUGCUGUUUAUUGAAAGUGCAAAUCUGCAUAAAUUUAAGUCAGAUCGAUGAUUUAGUUUGUAGAGUGGGUCAUGCUACGCUCAUUUUCUGUGCACUAGUUAUAUCCCAAUAAGUGUCACAGAAAUGAAUGACACAGGGAAAUCUAAGAUCACAUUGAACAUGUACAUAUAUAUAUCACUAUAUACUGAGGGACCUCUACUGAGCUCCCGUUUUGGGUAGGUCAGCUCUGCACUUCCAAGUCUAAGGUCAAAGAAAACAUACAGCUCUUGAACAUGGAAGUUCAGAGUCUGGUUUUUUUUAUUUAGUGGUAUACUAGGAAAUGUGCUGCGGCUACAGCAGUGGAAUGUCUUUAAUUAAGUGGACUGGGAUCACGAACUUUCUCCACUGUAGAUAAACUGACUCCUUUCCAGUCGAAAGAAGCCGAACCAAAACCUUCCAGUGCAGAGAUGACGGGGCCUCUCUACCCACGGUUUGUGUCCUGGGGUCUGCCGAGGCUCACUUCUUCAUAAUUCAGCAGGGAUUCUCUCGUAGUCAAACAGUACACUGAGGACCAGGCCACCUAAUUACAAUCUCUGAUGACUUUCAAAUGUGCUUUUGGUGCAGUUUUGAGAAGGAAGAGCAGAAUCCACAAAUUUUAUGAAAGUUUAGAGUUAUUGAAGAGCUGCUCAAAAUAAUCCUUUGGUUAUGGUUAUGAAAACACAAGAUAUACAUGUGUACUACAUGUGUUUGAUAGAUAAAGAUCAGAAAAUGUGCUGCCAAAUGCAACUGGUACAUCACCACACGUGCUUCACUUUUCCCCUUAAAGUAUUUAUGGAAUAUAAAUUAUACAUCUUGUAAAAUAUUCUCUUUAAUUUCUCUAGUUGUCAGACGAAACUUUAAAAAAAAUGAUGCUAUGAGUGUGUGACUCUGGUAUUAGUUUUGUGUUAUGAGUUUAAUGUUGUUCACUUAAAAUAAAAAUCCAUGAAUUAAAUGGGACCUCCCUCAGUCAGUA